GCUGCCAAGCGGCUCCCCUUCCUCUGUGCCUUGGGUGCCUAUAAAUUGCUCCGGCGCGCGUUUGUCAGCCUCCUCUCCUCCUGGCAGGUGGUACCCAGGCAGAAUUCUGCGCUCAGUCUCUCCGGCGCUGCGCUCCCGGCCGUGCGGCGCUCUCCGCGGCUCGCCAGCUCCUCCGCUCCAGCCCCGAUCCUCCCGGAGCCGACCCGACCGUGCCCCGCGCUCCCCGGGGACCGCCCGCCCCGGGCUCUGGGGCUUUGGGGUGCGCCUCGAUUAGACUUGGGGUGGUUGCAAAGGAGGAAGGAAAAAACACACACCCCGGCACGCGCACAGCCCACCGGCAGCGGACGGGCGAAGUGAGCGAGCGAAAGAAGAGGAGGCGGCAGAAAAAGGCAACUUCAGACGAAAGUUGGUGCGAACUGGCGCAGUCUGCAAAAACGGGAAAGUCGAUCGCGGGCGGCGGCGGCGGCAUAAAAGUGUGAGCGGCCCCGGCGAGAGCGGCAGCGGCGGCAGAGGCGGCUGGCUCUGCGCUCCGGGUGGCCGCGCGGGGGACAGCCACAGGUGCAAGGGGCCCGCGGGAGGCGAAAGGGCGCCCCGCGCACCCUCCCCGCCCCCGCCCCGGCUCGGGACUUCAGCUCAAGUCACUUGGCGCCCGACCUCCCUCCCCAGCCGCAGCCCAGCGGGGGGAGCCGCAGCGGGCAGGAGCGGCCGGCGCGCGCCCGCCCAGGGGACUUGGGGUUCGCAGGGGGUGUUUUCGGCUCUGAGGAGGUCCCCGCCCAACCUUCAAAAUUUUGUCCAAAAGCAGACAAGAGGAUCGCCCCGCGCUGAGCCGGCUGGUGGGCAGCAGGAGGCGCCUGAUCGCCGCCGGGGCGCUGGGGGUGGUGAUGGUGCUGCUGCUGGUCAUCCUCAUCCCGGUGCUGGUGAGCUCGGCCGGCACGUCGGCGCACUACGAGAUGCUGGGCACCUGCCGCAUGGUCUGCGACCCUUACGGGGGCACCAGGGCGCCCAGCACGGCCGCCACGCCGGACCGCGGCCUCAUGCAGUCCCUGCCCACCUUCAUCCAGGGCCCCAAAGGCGAGGCCGGCCGGCCGGGGAAGGCGGGUCCGCGCGGGCCCCCGGGCGAGCCCGGGCCGCCGGGCCCCGUGGGACCCCCGGGCGAGAAAGGGGAGCCGGGCCGCCAAGGCCUGCCGGGCCCGCCCGGGGCUCCCGGCCUGAACGCGGCCGGGGCCAUCAGCGCCGCCACCUACAGCACGGUGCCCAAGAUCGCCUUCUACGCCGGCCUCAAGCGGCAGCACGAAGGGUACGAGGUGCUCAAGUUCGACGACGUGGUUACCAACCUCGGGAACCACUACGACCCGACCACCGGCAAGUUCACCUGCUCCAUCCCGGGCAUCUAUUUCUUUACCUACCACGUCCUGAUGCGCGGAGGGGACGGCACCAGCAUGUGGGCCGAUCUCUGCAAAAACAACCAGGUGCGUGCUAGUGCAAUUGCCCAAGAUGCUGAUCAGAAUUACGACUACGCCAGUAACAGUGUGGUUCUCCAUCUGGAGCCAGGAGACGAAGUCUAUAUCAAAUUAGACGGCGGGAAAGCCCAUGGAGGAAACAACAACAAGUACAGCACGUUUUCUGGAUUUAUUAUUUAUGCUGACUGAUCCUGCAGAAACCAAGCUUCCCGUUCUGAGUCUGAACACUGGAUUCGUGUGGCUAACGUCCGUGAAUCAAGGAUCCCGGGGGAUGCCGAUUGCUGGGCACCUCAGUUGUGUAUAUGUGGGGAAAUCAAAUGCUACCUGACUCACAUCUGUACCACGCCGAAACAUGAUGUAAAAAAUAUAAACGCAAGAUAAACAGAUGUGUGAUCCUCUACCGCCAAAGCAAAUACUCCUUGUUCGUAGUGUCCAUGUGAAUGAAGUCCUAUAUAGAUCACAGAUUUUUAUAGAAAAAUCUAAGACACUGAAUUAUUUCUUCAAUAUAUAUAAUACUUUGGUGUACUGUGAUCUUGCUGCUUUUAUCCAUAUGUCAGCUUUGGUUCUUGUGAGUUUACCUGCUACUUAGGAUACUUGGAGUCCAGUCAUAGUGUGGGGAAGAUUUGAUUCUUUUGUCCUGCAGGAGAAAGUCUAAUUGAAAUAAUGCUGCUUGUCCCCAAAGAAAUUGUUUGCCUUGGACUCUUGUUAUCUUUAGAGCUAGACCUGGGAAGGAUUCAACUUCAAGCCUUAACCUGGAAUUUUCUGGAUUUGAGGGAAUUCCCAAGUCUGUGGUCACUUUCUCAUUUCUUUUUUUCCUCUCUUUUUCUAGUGAUAGUCUUUAAAAGUAGAGAUUGACAUUGUAUCAUAGGAUUACCCUCCUAACUGUGAAAAUGUGUAAUUACGUAUGGAAUUUAGGAAAUCCCCUGUGUGUCCAUUUUGUUGACUGAAUACAUUCAGAUGUACUUGGAAAUUGAGAAAUUGAUUCUUCAGUUAUUAAAUCAAACUGAGGCUUUUUUCCUUCUUUGGAACAAAAGAUGAUUCAUAACCCAAUGCACAAAGGUUUAAUUUGAGCUACUGUGCGUGUCACCAAAGGGACACGAGGUAAGGCCUUUAAAUAGUUACUGCAAGUCUCGGGCCUGAGGUUAUUCCAAAAUUAACAAUUUCACAUAUAACCAAUAUGACAACAAAGUGUUUAUAUUUUAUGCAAAUAUCUGCCACACACACACAAGUAUUAGAUGAAAUGUUUUAUAUGUGUAAAAAAUAUAUUUAUACGGCUUUAGUUCCAUAAGGCACAGUGGCUAUAUAGCCUCAAAAUUUUAAUUUUAGAAAGCGUAUGCAUAUACACAUACUUGCAUCAAUUAUCUGACUUAUUUUGGAUUGCAAUAUAUAUUCACAAACAAAAAUAUAUGGCAUAGCAAAAUAAUGAAUGACUUCUCUUUAAGAGUUAUCCAGAAAAUUCAAUUUUCUUAGGUUUGAAAAGCCCUGCCCUUCACAUGUCUGUAAGUUUAGGAUGUGAUUGCUUUACCAACAUAUGCCAAUGACCUUAACUGCAUUCUCUGGCAGACUGUUAGCUUGAGGACUGCAGAAACCAAGUGGGUCUCCUUUGCAGUAUUUACGAAUUACAUGCAUUUGAGUUAUCAAUAUUUUCUUUUUUCUCGGGUGGCUCGAAGGUGACAGUACAGUAGAUUUUGGGAGUCAUACAAAUCUUUUCUAUGGUGAAAACCCACUGCUAAAAGCCAUCUCUUUAAUCUAAGGAAGAUUAAAAAAUGUAUCUUGAUAAUCCUAACAAUCGCACAACUUCCACUGUUACCAUGAAAAAUCUGUUCUCCUUUCUGUUGCCUUUGAAACUCUUUGACAAGUGGAUUUCAAAAGCGGCGAUGGAAAAAUCUGCUUGUUUUACUGGUGAAGGAGAUUUGCAUUUUUUUCAUUUAAAGGAAUUAGUUUGUUCUCCUGGCUCAUUCCUCUUUGGUACUUUCUGUUCUAAUACUCAGAAAGCUUGAUCAUCUUUGAUCAACAGAAAUAUCUUUUCUUUAGCAAAGCUUGACUUUUCCAAGAGUUAUGCACAGUGUUCCCAGGUGAAGGCAUUCUUUCCUCCAGUUAAAUGUUGUAGUCUGAGUAACUGCCCUGAUUUAAUGAUUAAAAACAGCCCAUUCAUCAAGAAUAAUGACUAAUUCUACCUGGCCUUUCUAAUAUGUAAGAUAACUGAUAAAUGAAUUGCAGUGGAGUUUAUUUCUGUUUAACAAUAUGUAUUUAUCAAAGAGGAAAUGGCAGCAAGGGUUUGGAGAAUUUUUUUGAAGUACUAAAAAAUAUAGUGAGGAUUCAAGCAAAAGAUUCGUUUAGAAACAGCAGUGUACAUCGACUAAGUGUUUUAACUGAGAGUUUUUAAAAAGGCUUUAUUUAUACAAAACUAUCAGGGCUGGAUAUCUUUUAAAGAGUAGGUCCUAAAAUCAGGCUGUCGUUUCCAAGAGAUCUGACCUUUUCUUCAGAUAAAGAAGCAUUAUUUUUCUCUUUUUAGGCCCAAGGAAAAGCAAAAGGUAAAGGAAAUAAAGGGAAUAUAUCUACAAGGCAAACAUUUCUCUCUUUUUGCAUCAUAUCUCAUCAAUUAAUUAAAUUGUGGCCUUUGUUAUUAUAAAUGUAAUGAUUCAUUAAACAAUAUUAUGUAA